CCGGGCCUUAUAUCCUUGUAAACAAACACAGCCUUCUAGUUUCCAACCAUGGACUCUACUCCUCGCGCUCUUAGUAUCGACUACAAGGAAAAGGAGAAGGCGAAAGCCAAACCGUCUGAUGAUGCGACCGGAAACCCAGGUGAUGCGGGGAUUUGUCCGCUCUAUUUGGGAUCUGGACUCAAAGACCACAAGAUCGGGGUCGGCAAGAAGAAGAAGAAGAAAUUCUUUUAUCCACAAGAUGGCCUUCAGGGGCAUGGCAGGAGCUUCCCCACUGAGGAGACAAUGAAAGUAGCUGAAUCAUCGAUUGGCCACCAUCUCUCUGAAGAAGAAGCUAAGAAAAGGGCUGAUGACGAAUAUUUUUUAAGAGAAUUACGCGGGUGACAACAACUGCUGCUGGAGAGCCAUAUAACAGUAAGGGCGACUAUGUUUGCUUACUAAAUGCUGAAGAAGAAGAGAAUAGUGAAGAAGAACGAGACGGUUGUUCCGUUUGUUACCAAGACCACAUGAAUAUGGAAUGCCCAUGGAUACUUGAUGAUAGUGUUCCGGCAGGCGAAACAGUUGGACAUUGGUACGACUUGGAAUGCAAGGGUUGUGGGAAGGUAGGAUCUGCAUGCUGUUCUGAGGGAGCACGCCCUGUUCUCAGGAGGUGCGGUUUUUGUUUUGAUUUCGGUCACUGGAUGGAGAACUGCCAGAACUAUAAGUAUAUGCCCGUUUCUGAGUUCCCAGAUUAUCCAUAGCAGAUUUGUCAUCUACUUCUCUUUUUGUAGUAAGUCGUUAUGAUACUUUGUAAGGAAUAGCUUAAUCUCAGUAGAUGAUGGUUCUAACCUUGUAACAAAGAUUAAUCAUCUGUGAGAAGUUCAGAACAAUGAUUUGAGAUGCUUGCUUUAUGACCGUUGCGUAUGGUUAUAUUUUGCUUUUCUAA